AUGUCCACAGCCAAAGUUCCUCGUGUAAUGCUAAAUUCCGGCCAAAUGAUACCGACAGUGGGCUUCGGUACCGCAGCACUACCUAUGCCACCGCCUGAACACCUUACAUCCAUAUUCAUCGACGCCAUCGAGGCCGGCUACCGCCACUUUGACACGGCAGCCUCCUAUGGCACGGAGGACUGCGUCGGCCGAGCAGUGGCUGCGGCACUGGACCGUGACCUUAUCAAGAGCCGGAACGAAGUUUUUGUCACUUCUAAAUUGUCGAUAUAUGAUACUCACCAUGAUCUUGUUUUGCCUGCCCUCAAAGAAACGCUCAGGAAACUGGGGCUUGAAUAUGUGGAUCUUUACCUCGUACACUGGCCGAUAAGGAUUAAGAAGAGUGCCGACCGAUUCAAGCUCAGUGAAGAUGACAUCCUUCAUUUUGACAUAAAGGAAACUUGGAAGGCUAUGGAAGAAUGCUGCCAAUUAGGUUUAGCGAAGUCCAUUGGUGUCAGCAACUACAGUUGUUUAAAACUCUCGAAACUCUUAGAAAAUGCCACCAUCCCUCCUGCUGUUAAUCAGGUUGAAAUGAAUGUGGCAUGGCAGCAACAAAAAUUGCUUCAGUUUUGUAAAGAGAAAAACAUUCUUGUUUGUGCAUGGUCUCCAUUGGGAGCAAAUGGUGCUGCUUGGGGCAGCCAUCAAGUGAUGCAGAGCCCUGAUCUUAAAGAGAUUGCGGCAGCUAAGGACAAGAGUGUAGCACAGGUAGCUUUGAGAUGGAUACAUGAGCAAGGAGCAAUUCCCUUAGUGAAGAGUUUUAACAAAAAGAGGAUGAAAGAAAACAUUCAAGUAUUUGAUUGGAAGCUUACAUACGAAGAAGUUAGUCAGAUAAAACAUCUCCCUCAGGCUAAAGGCUUUAGAGCUGAACGCUAUGUUUUUCCAAAGGGGCAGUACAAAUCCGUGGAAGAACUUUGGGAUGGAGAAAUAUGA